UAAUUUUUUUUUUUUUACAAAAGGCUGAUCGUAAAAUUUUGUCCGCGGUACUGCGCGAUCGUUCUCGAUGAUUUUUAUACUAUUAAAACACUAGUGGACCAAUUAGUAGUUAGUUUGUGUAGUUAAUCGAAAACAAAUAAACAAUUACCAAAACAAUAAUAAUUACAAGUAAAUAACCCAAAAACAGUAAGACAAAAACUAAUAAUAAUACCAAUUUAAAUAUUCACAUAAAUAGAUAAUAAAAGCAUCUGCAGGAAAGUGUCAGCUAGCUACAGCAAAAAAAAAAAUUCUAAUCCAUCAUCUUGAAAAAUUAUUAUCCAUUUCUUUAUAUAAAAACAGGGCCCACGGCCGGGUGAUGCUUGCAUAUGUCUAGGCUCGGGAGGACCCAGCCUCUGGCAAUAGGACAGGUGAAGAGACCCGCUGUCGAGCAUCAUCACCACAAUCAUCACAACCACAGUCACUACGGUCCUAGCACUAGUGGUAGUAAUAAUAGCACCAGUAGCAGCAGCAGCAGCGGUCCCAGCACUAGUACCAGUGCCAAUAAUUUGAUUCAGUAUCAACGUCAGCCUGUACCACCUGUGCUGAUUGACUACGGCGGUGGCCCGUCAAAGCGCUUCAGACACAAUAACCACCCCGGUAACUCAGCUUCGACCUCCAAGGCCGCGGCAUCAACCUCUAACGACGUCGACGACGACGACGACGAGGAAUUUGAUAACAGUAUGACUGACACGGCGACAGCUACCACCGAGAAAAGAGCUAAUUUUUCGGCACUAAAUGUUUCUAAUCCAAAUGGAGUUAAUAAGUCGUCCAAUGUUGCUAAUUCCAAGCCAGGAUCUGCUAAAAAACUUAUUAUUAAAAAUUUUAAAAACAAGCCAAAACUGCCGGAAAACUAUCAGGAGGAAACAUGGGAGAAACUGAGAGAAGCUGUAGUUGCGAUACAGACCAGCAAAAGCAUACGGUACUCGCUGGAAGACUUGUAUCAGGCUGUUGAGAACAUGUGCAACCACAAGAUGGCUUCGACGUUGUACGCGAACUUGACAGUGCUGACGGAGUCUCACGUCAAGGCAAACAUUGAACAAUUUUUAGCCGAGUCCAUGGAUCGGCAUAUAUUUUUAAAAAAAAUGAACGAGUGUUGGCAGAGUCAUUGUCGCCAGAUGAUUAUGAUUCGCAGUAUCUUUUUGUACCUGGAUAGAACUUAUGUUUUACAGAAUCCUACUAUCUCGUCUAUUUGGGACAUGGGCUUACACCUCUUCAGGAUGCACAUAGUGUUAAAUAACCUUGUGCAAACCCGAACAGUGGAAGGUCUGCUGAUGUUAAUAGAAAAAGAGCGUCAAGGAGACACAGUCGAUCGAACACUCUUAAAAUCAUUAUUAAGAAUGCUCUCAGAUCUCCAAAUCUACCAGGAAGCCUUCGAGACGAAGUUCCUGAUGGCGACUGAGCGGCUUUACGCAGCGGAGGGUCAGCGACUGAUGAACGAGCACGACGUACCGGAGUACUUGGCCCACGUGGACAAGCGAAUACAGGAGGAGAACGAGCGACUCCUCCAUUACCUGGACAUGUCCACCAAAUGGUCGCUGAUCCACACAGUAGAGAAGCAGCUUCUGUCUGAACACGUGACCAGUAUCUUGCAGAAGGGUCUCAGCGGGUUGCUCGAGGAGAACCGCAUCAGUGACCUGACGUUACUCUACAACUUGUACAUCCGUGUGAAAAACGGGCUGGUGGAAUUGUGCGUUAACUUCAACGCUUAUAUCAAAAAGAAAGGCAAGACGAUAGUGAUCGACCCGGAGAAGGACAAGACCAUGGUCCAGGAGCUGCUGGACUUUAAAGAUAAAAUGGAUAAUAUUGUUAACACCUGUUUUUACAGGAAUGAAAAAUUCGGUAACAGUUUGAAGGAAGCCUUUGAGGCGUUCAUCAAUCAGCGCGCGAACAAACCCGCGGAAUUGAUAGCCAAGUUUGUAGACAUGAAGCUAAGGGCCGGCAACAAGGAGGCGACUGAGGAAGAAUUGGAGAGACUGUUGGAUAAAAUAAUGGUUCUUUUCCGUUUUAUCCAUGGCAAAGAUGUCUUCGAAGCUUUCUACAAGAAAGACUUGGCCAAAAGAUUGCUCGUAGGAAAGUCGGCUUCUGUUGACGCGGAGAAGUCGAUGCUUUCUAAGUUGAAGCAAGAAUGCGGAGGUGGAUUUACUAGCAAGCUAGAGGGCAUGUUCAAGGAUAUGGAACUCAGCAAGGACAUUAAUAUCGCGUUCAAACAGUACUCUGGUAAUCUCCAGCACGAGAUAGUAGCUAAUAAUUUGGAUUUGACGGUAUCUAUCUUGACAAUGGGCUACUGGCCGACCUACCCGGUUAUGGAGGUCACGUUGCCCUCGGAAAUGGUCCAGUACCAGGAGGUGUUCAAUAAAUUUUAUCUAGGCAAGCACAGUGGACGCAAACUUCAAUGGCAGCCGACUUUGGGGCACUGUGUUCUUAAAGCUUGGUUCCAGGCGGGGAAUAAGGAACUUCAGGUGUCACUCUUUCAAGGUCUUGUGCUUAUUUUGUUCAACGAUGCUGAUGAUUUGUCACUAGAAGAAAUUAAAGCGGCUACGAAUAUUGAAGACGGUGAAUUACGCAGGACUUUACAGUCGCUAGCUUGUGGAAAAGCUAGAGUGUUGCAGAAAAAUCCACGCGGGCGUGAUGUUGCUGAUAAUGACCGUUUUGUCUUCCACGCUGAUUUUACUAACAAACUUUUUAGAAUAAAGAUUAAUCAGAUUCAAAUGAAAGAGACGAAUGAAGAACAAAAGGCCACUGAAGAAAGAGUUUAUCAAGAUAGACAAUAUCAAAUAGAUGCAGCUAUUGUGAGGAUUAUGAAAAUGAGGAAAACCCUGACUCAUAAUCUUCUUAUCAGUGAACUUUAUAAUCAACUAAAAUUCCCUGUCAAGCCGGCUGAUUUGAAGAAAAGGAUCGAAUCCCUGAUAGAUCGUGACUAUAUGGAACGAGACAAAGACAAUGCAAAUCAGUACAAUUACGUUGCGUAACCACAACCACUUGCCAAAGUAACGUUGAACCUACGGGAAUUGUGUUUAGAAUUAAAAUAAUCAGCAUAACAUAAAUGGAAAUGGAAUAAAAUAAAAUAAGUAAAUAAAAAUAAGUCAAGGUAACAGAAGAUGAAUGACCGUCUUAGCUCGCAGUUUAAAAUAAAUCUAACAAGCAAUAAAAUUUAUUACUCAAUGUCGUCAGCGACAAAUGGAGGAUCUGGAAUUUUAUUUUAUCAAUCAGUGAACAAGUGACUACUUUAAUGCAGCUUCUAAAAUUAUUCAACAGUGAAAUGAAUUUUUUUAAUAAUUACACAGCUCGAUAUUUUUUCUUUUUUUAUUUUUUCACUUGAUUCAGGUUCGUUUUUUGUUUUUAUUAAAAAGAAUGUAAUUAUAAAAAAAAAAAAAAAAAAAAAAAAAAUAAGUACAGCUCAAUAAUAUUUGCUUGCAAUAAAUUGAGCUUGCAAUGAUACGAUACAACUAAACUUUGUAACGAUUAAUAAUAAAUAAUAAUUACAUUUUAAGAGACUGUUUGUACGAGUGUAAAAGUGUUGAGUGUUUCCAGUGCAUAGACGUCGACUUAAAUAAUAAUUAUUUACAAAACAUAAAAACUAAACAAUUGAUAAAUAAACUCCAAAAGAUCAAAGGAUUAAAAUGAUAACAAUAGCAUACAAUAAAUAUUAUUAAAUUUUUUCAUUGAA